AUGGCCACUCUGCUCGCACUAUCUCAGCGCGAGGAUGAGUCGCUCUCUCAGUUCAUGGCAUGGUUUGCCACCGAGAUUCGGGGGUUUUUGGAUGCUCAACCCUCUCUAAUCUUGCAGGCCUUUUUGAUGGGUCUGAAGCCUUCGAGGUUCUUUUGGUCAUUGAUCGAGAAGCUACCAACGACCAUCUUCGAAAUGCUCCAACGCGCCAACCAGUACGUUGUCGCCGAGGCACUAGUGGCGGGGAGGCACGUAGAAGGCAAGAAGCCAAGGUUCCACCGAGACCACGGUCAUGACACAGAGGACUGUCGCGACCUCCGGAAUCAAAUAGAGGCACUAAUCCGGAGAGGCCACCUCGGAUGCUACCUCAAAUCCCAAGAGGCGACUCCACGCCCCAGGGGACCCACCGAGAGACAGAUCGACGUCAUUUCUGGCAUGCCAGUAACUAGCGGCAGCAUCACGACAACAAGAAAGGCCUACGCCCGCAGCACGAUGGAGAAACAUCCUCGGCCUGAGCACGAGCCUAAAAUCACUUUUGGGGCAAGAGAGGUCGAGCGCUCCCACCAUGAUGACGCUUUGGUGAUCUCCAUCCAAAUCGCCAACGCUCGAGUUAAGAGGGUGAUGGUUGACACCAGGAGUUCCGCCGACAUUCUCUACUUCGAUAUCUUUAAGAGGCUCGACUUGACCAGGGGAGAUCUCACCCCUGUGGCAUCAGCACUUACAGGGUUCACGGGGGAUUCCAUCUCCCCAUCGGGGAGGAACCGAGAGCGAAAACAAUAA